CGCCAAGAAUCGGCGUCGCCAUUAAGCCCACAAAACAGUUUCUCAGAUCUGUAACCCCGUCACUUCUUAGCCUUGAACUGUUGCUGAUCUCUGUUGUGGUCACACCGCUAUUUACCGUGCAAAUGGGUCAAUUCCUGAGGGGACUCGUGCUGUCAAGGGCUGUUAUUACAGCUAUCUGAAGUUUUUGAGAAGUCGGAAACGGGAGCGGCAUUCGUGUUGUUGGGUCCGCUGCAGUUUGUCGUCUCACAGGCAGUAACGGAGCGAGGAUUCGAUCGAGAUUGCAAAGGAGGCGAGGUUUUGUGGUUGGAUUUUGAAGUGGGUCUGGUUGUCUUUCUUACUGUAUGAAGACACUGGUGGUUACAUAGGCUUGCUACUGUAUAAGAGAGGGAAGGUGGAAGGUGUUGAACAAUGGCACAUGGGUUUGAGAAGGCGGAGUUGCUCCGUUGCACUACUGUGCAGCAGAUAGUGGAGCAUAAGCAACGGCUGGUGGAAAUACCUCACAUGGCGACGGUGAAUGACGCACUCAACACUCUACUUGUGAAGAAUAUUCUGGCCGUGCCCGUUGCAGCCCCGCCAGGUCAGUGGAUUGGAGCAGGGGGUAGUAUGAUUUUGGAAUCUGACAAGGCCACCGGGGCGGUGAGGAAGCAGUACAUUGGGAUAGUGAGCAUGUUGGAUAUUCUUAUUCACAUCGCGGAGGCAGAAGAUGAAGAUGUUGAUACCCGGCUUAAAGCGACCGUGAGUUCGAUCAUCGGUAACUCCACGGAAGGCCUCGGCCUUUGGAGUAUCAGCCCCAAGACGUCGGUGCUGGAUGCCAUGGAGACAAUGAGCAAAGGUAUACACCGAGUCCUGAUUCCCAUCGAAAGCAAAAUGGAGCACACCGUAGGAGUUGAACUUCAGGAGGCCUCACCAGGUUAUCAUAUUUUGACCCAGACUGAUGUGGUGGAAUUUCUUUAUGCGCAUUACAAGGAGUUAGAUUUUAUGACCACCACGACUGUGCUGGAGUUGGGUGCUGCACAAUCCAACGUAUAUGCUGCACCCAGCUGCAUGAAGGUGAUGGAUGUCGUGAAAUGCAUCCGGAAAAGCUUGCUACAAGCUGUGGCAAUUGUGGAGACAACUGGAGACUCGGACAAAGAACAGACCCUCGUCUUUGGCAAUGGUAGAAAACUGGUGGGCACGUUUUCUGCAAGCGAUUUACUUGGACGCACUUCUGAAAUGCUCCGAGCUUGGUCAACCCUUCCAAUCCUUAGUUUUUUAAGCAAAGCGGGCAUGGCACAGAGGUUUGGAAUGGCAGCAGCCGUUAAUGCUGGGUCGUUUGAAUGCAAAGGAUUUCAGAAAACCCCUGUUACGUGUCACUUGGAAACCCCUAUAGUUGAAGUAAUGUCGCAAGCACUCACCAACCAUGUGCAUCGGGUGUGGGUGGUGGAUAAUGAAGAUCAUCUAAAUGGUGUCGUUUCCUUUUCUGACAUUAUAAUGUUGGUGCAUGAUUACUUCAUUAGACAACAUCCCCAAGCACAUGUUCGGGAAAAACCGUGGUGAACCGAACACCUGCAAAGUUAUCCUUUACAAUUGCAUCGUACAGUUUUAUUUGUUUAGUUUCAGCGCAAGAUGACGUCAGUUUGUCAAUAUUGUGAAGGUAGAGGUCGAUUAUGUUCAAAUUUGCGAAUAGUCUUUGUCACGUUUGUGAAGGUCAUGGUUCCAUGAGUCCAGAGUAUGUGUUGAAGUAUCAGCUUCUGGGUGUCAGAAACCAAUUGUAUCAGAAAGUUUUCGUAGCUGGAUCAGUGGCCUUGACAGACCAUCUAGACUGCAGGGAUAUUUUGUCCAAGAUCGGUUCUGCAGAGUAUCACCUGAAACUUCCUUUGUCAAGAGCCUCUAUUAGUUCUUUGGGCCGUCGUUAGAAACCCCGUCUAAACUGGAAAAAAUAUAUCAUAUCAAUAAAGACGAAAAAGAAAAAGGAUGAGUCUGAUUUGAAUCUUUCAUAGGACCUUAUGAUGUCAAAAGUUGGACAUUAAGACAUUAGAGC